CGGCUUCUAACUGCAUUAGUCUUUGACAAACAGUCGAAGAAUAAGGACACCGAAAACAUGGUGAACAAACUGGUUCUGGUGUUACUACUGGCCGUGGCCGUAGCAGCACUCACUGAGGCGAAACCGUUCAACCUCCCUCCGAUCAUUCAGAGGAUCCUAGAUGCCUACCCGAUUCCAAAGGUCCCGGAAGGAUACGUGUCUACCAACCCCAAAACGAUUGGAUAUCAGUUCCGCACCCGUGUAGAUCAUUUCAACCCACAGAACCGAGACACGUUCCUGUUCGAAUACUUCUCCAAUGAUGAGUACUACCAACCCGGUGGACCGAUCUUCAUCUUCCUCGGUGGAAACUGGCCCUUGAUGCAGUACUAUAUCGAGCACGGCCAUUUCCAUGAUAUUGCCCAGUACGAACAUGCCUGGCUGUUCACCAAUGAGCAUCGAUAUUACGGUGGUAGUUUUCCGACGCCAGAUCUCUCAGUGGAAAAUCUACGUUUCCUGAAAGUAGAGCAGGCUCUGGUUGAUGUUGCCGAAUGGAUCUAUCAUUUACGCCACAACGUAGUUCGCGAUGAUCAAGCACGUGUUAUCCUGGCUGGAACUGGUUAUGCGGGAGCACUUGCCACAUGGAUGCGCCAGCGGUACCCACACUUGGUGGAUGGAGUUUGGGUUUCCAGUGGACAGGUUGAUGCCCGUUUCAACUUUAAAGAGUACGCUUUUGAAAUCGGUGAAGUGAUCCGAACUCACGGUUCCGAUGACUGCUUCAGUACUAUCUGGCGUGGUUUCCGUACUGGCGAGAAUCUUUUCGAUUCGGGACUCUCUACCACCGUGACCGAGCUGUUCAACACCUGUGCACCGGUGAAUACAGAAGAUCAGCUAGAUAUCGAAACUUUCUUCUACAAUGUCAAGGAAGGUCUUCAGUCAGCGAUUCUCCAGUCACCACAGAGACCCGAAUCGACAGAAACGCUGUGUCACGAACUGGGUAACAGCACUGCGCAAACUGAUUUGCACGUGCUCGCUGAAUGGAUUGCAAAUCAUUAUAGUAAUUUAGACUGUUUGCCAUUUGACUUCAACACCACCGUCCAAGCUCAUCAGAAUAUCGAGAUUACCGCCCCGGAGAACAGUGUUCUCGGCCUGCGCCAGCGUAUUUAUCAGUUCUGUACCGAGUUCGGUUGGUUCCUGACAGCGGAUUCCGCUGAUCAGCCGUUCGGCUACCGUGUCACCAUGAACUUCUUCCUGAACUUCUGCCGGGCCGUCUACGGAGACUGGGUCAGCAGCGAAGUCGUUGUGGAUGGUGUACAUCUGACAAACAUGCACUUCGGCGGUAAGAAUCCACGUGUUACCAGUGCUCUGUUCACCAACGGUGGGCUGGAUCCGAUCAGGGACAUUUCGAUCACUGAAUACCACCAGGCUCAAUCGGGUGCAAUCGUCAUUCCAGGCUAUUUCAAUAGUCCGGAUUUGAACUCAAUUUCCGGGUACGAUUCACCGGCACUACUUGAGGCCAAGCACGAAAUUCAGAUGUACAUCGAGAGCUGGCUGUGGGAGCAUAUCAUUCCCGUUUAGAGUGCUUGGUGAGGUGAACGUUUAUUGAAUCGUGCUUCGUUGUUAGGUUAUAUGAUGUUGAAGAAAAUAUAUAUUUGUGACAACUUUC